AUGUCACAGACUAAUGGAACAAGCAUAGAGACGGGGAAUGAAGGGGAAUCCAAUGCGACCAAGAGGAAACCAACCACCAUACAAAUAGAUCCCCUCUCGGUGACGGAAAAACUUGGAUUCCAAACGUUUCGUAGGGAAUCAAGAAGACCGUGGACCAAAGAAGAAGAUGAACAACUUAUCAAUAUCAUGAAAGAAUCACACCCCGGGGAAGCCAUACCGCACCCGGAUCAGAUUAAGUGGGAUGUGAUAGCCCAAUACUUUGUGAACACCACUCAAAGGAAACCCAAAGAUUGUAGAAAAAGAUGGAGUAAUUCGUUAGAUCCAAACUUAAAGAAGGGGAGAUGGACUGAGACUGAGGACCUACAACUCGUUGAAGCUUAUGGAAAAUUUGGUGCACAAUGGAAGAAAGUAGCUGCCGAGAUUAAGGGGCGAACUGAUGAUCAAUGUGCAAAGCGGUAUAUCGAAGUACUUGAUCCUAAGACAAAGGAUAGACUUAAGCCAUGGACCCACGAAGAGGAUUUACAAUUGAUAAGACAAGUGAAGAAACAUGGGACGAAAUGGAAGACAAUUGCCCUGGAGAUAGAUGGGAGACCUUCAUUAACUUGUAGAAAUAGAUGGAGGAAAGUGGUCACUGAUGUUGUGAGGAACAAGGCACCGGCUUUAAAGGAGCAUGUGGAAAUGAUCAGAGAGGCAGCAGCAGCAACUGGGACAGCAGGAACAGAUAAAUUGGUUAAAUUAGAGGGUGCAGCCAAUACGAAUUCAACAACUUCAAAUUCCUACUCAUCGUCUGGUGACGUUAAUACAACAGGUCGUGGCCACGAGCUUGGCCAGAUGGGUUCAGCAGAUGGCAAUAUCCAUCGGCAACAAUCUACUACCACUAUGGGAGGUGUUCAUGCAGUUAAUAAUAACCACGCAUCAGCUGGGACUGGGACAGGUACACCACCUGUUGGUGGUGGGGUAUCUUCAGAGGUGGAAUGGAAGUAUACCCUUACUGGAGAGAACAAUAACUCUGGAUCCAUAUUUCACGAGGGUCCAAUCUCAUCGCAAGAACUUGUUCAAUACCUUGUAUCUUAUGCUAAAUCAAAUGGUCUUAAUAUAACUGUACAUCAACAUAUCCAUCAUCAUUACCUCCCACCACAAUCAUUCCAACAACCAUUCUCAGCGACGCUUCAAUCGCCAUUUAGCUCGAUUCCCGAGUUGAAUGAUGUUCCAGUACCGGCAUCCACGGGUUAUUAUGUUGAACCAGAGACUCAGCUCAACAGGUACCAACACUUUAAUUACCUUCCACCAUUAACGGAAGUUCCUAAAUUAAAUAGUUCUGCAUCAUCACCAAGCUCUUCUCGCGAGGGCCAUUAUGCAACUCCUCAUCCUCAUUCACAUCCCCAUCCACAUGCAUACUCCAAGUCUAGUACUCCACCCGUGGGUGGGUCUAGUAAGGAGUCAGAUAUCAUGAGACUACUCAAUGGAAGAAGUCCACGUACAAGAUCACCACCACCACCUCGUCAUUUGAUAUCUAGCGGUAUCAACAAGCCUCUUACGCCACUUGCACAUGCAGUGGAGUUAGCAGCAGAAGAAGAAGCCGAAGUAGAAACUCGAAACAAGAGAGCCGCAGCUACUACAGAGAACCCUUCACCUAAAAGAUCAAAACAUGAAGAGGAGGAUGAAGAAGGUCUUGACUUUUGGGAAACCAUGCGUAAUCUUACAACUCAACAAGAGAACUCCAACCAAAGACAAGUUAAUCUUAAUAAACCAAACAAACCAGUUAACAAUCAACCUUUGCCUCAUUCAACAACGGUAGAGACGACGACUAUUACAUCAGCAACUGCACCAAUAGUAAGUAAGUCUAUAACGGGUCCAUCUGACCCUGCAAAAGGAACACCUAGUCAUCUCGUGCCGCCAAACAGAGCAAAGCCGGUUUCACAACAUCACCCAUUGCAUCACCAGAAUGGUCCUAGUCGACCUGCUGCUACGCCAAUGUACGAUAACGAGGAUGUGGACGAAGACCUUGAAGCUUACGGAUUAUUCUACAAUGUAUACACGCGUGAAUCAUCAUCCCUUCCGGUUGAACAGAACCCAUAUGAUUCCUUGGCCAGCAGUUUCGGGGUAAUUCCAUUUAAUCCUUCUUAG